AUGCAAGGAAACAUGGAGCAACGUUACGCCAUCAAAUUUUGUGUUAAACUUAAGAAAACAAAACAAGAAGCUUAUGGAUUGUUAAAAGAAGCCUAUGGGGAUGAAAGGAUGAGCCAAGCAAGUUUCUACCGGUGGUUUAACAGAUUUUCUGAAGGAAAUGAACAAGUUGAAGAUGAACCCAGAUCUGGAGCACCAAAAAGUGCACGCAAGGAGGAAAACAUUGAGGAAGUGCAAAGGUUAGUGAUGCAAGACCGUCGAAUAUCUGUGAGGAUGAUAUCUGAAGCUGUUGGCAUUAGUACUGGCACAGUAGAGACAGUUCUGACCGAAGAUCUGAAGCUUCACAAAGUCUGUUCCAAGUUCGUGCCAAAGAUCCUCUCCGACGACCAGAAGCAGUUUCGUGGAAUGUUGCACUGA